AUGCGAUUCACGCUGCCGACGAUGGCGAUAUGGCUGUGCGAUCCGCUGCUGUCGCUGGUGGACACGUCGGUGGUCGGGCUGAGCAGCGGGACGCUGGAGCUCGCGGCUAUCGCGCCGGGGAGCGUGUACGCGGGGUAUCCGUUUUAUUUGCUGGCGACCGGGUUCGCCGUGGCGACGACGUCGAUGGUGGGACAGGAUCGAUUGCUCGCGAGACGCGGUGGGGCGGAGGAUGAAGACGAGCGCACGGUGGCGUCGGCGAUCAUGACGGCGUCGGGGGUGGCGGCGAUUUCGGCGGUUUUGUUAAUCGCGGCGCACGAGCCGGCGCUCGCGAGAUACGUGGGGAGCGCGAAUGUGGCGCUUUUGCCCUACGCGAGCGCGUACAGCGUGAUUAGAAUAUUGGCACUUCCCGCGGGGAUCAUCAGCGCGGUGGCGCAGUCCGCGUUUUUAGCCGUUCGCGAUCCGUGGACGCCGCUCAAGGCGGUGACGCUGACGACGGUGCUCAACCUCGUGCUGGAUUUAUGGUUCGUCACCGGGUUAGGUUGGGGGAUCGCCGGCGCCGCCUGGGCGACGAGCGCAUCACAAGUCAUCACCAUGGCGCUCCUCAUCCGAGCGCUCGUGCGUCGAGGGCCGCAAAUAGACAAGGUUAAGGAAAUGUUGCGCGAGGCGAAGGAGCGCGCGAAGACGUCGGCGUUUUCGUCGACGAAGGAAUCGCGCGCGGUGCGCAACGUGGGCGCACCAGCGUUGCGUCUACCAUUUAAGAAGCCGAGAAAUGAUUAUCUCGAGCGUUUGAAGUCGAUCGCCGGGCCGGUGAUGAUGGUGGCGCUCAUAAAGUGUAUCUUUGUUGGUGCCAUAGUGCGAUCCGCGACGGCCAUCUCCCCGGAGGCGUCCGCGGCGAACGGCGUGCUCUUGACCGUGUACUUUUUUUUCGCCGUCGUCGGCGAGGGCGUGAGUCAGGCGGCGCAGGCCUUCUUACCGCCUCAACUCGGUAACUUUGAAAAGGCUUCCAAGCUCGCGUUCAACAUCAUGCUCGUCGGAGUCGUCAUCGGCGGCUUCAACGCCGCCACGAGCGGUUUAGUGCCGAGCCUGUUCCCGCAAAUGUUCACGAAGAGCGCGCCGGUGAUCGAUCUCAUGAAUCAAGCCAUCCCAUUCAUGGCCUUGGCGCUUUUCGCGCACACUGGUAGCAUGGCAUCCGAAGGUUGUCUCCUCGCCGCGCGCGACGGCGUCUUCAUGUCUCUCUCCUACGUCCCCAACGCCGCGCUGAGCUGCGUCACCCUGUCCAUUUUAUCCGCCAACGGCUUCGGCGUUCGCGCUUCCUGGAUCGCACUCUUCCAGUUCCACUGCGUUCGUUUGGUCAUCAACGCCGUCCGUUUACGCGCCGCGAACAGCCCUCUGCGAAAGUCGUUAUCCGCCGUCGCCGACGCUUCGAAAACCGACCUCGCCGCCGCCGCCGACAAUUUCGCCGGUCUCGAGGGCAUCGCCGACGUCGGCCAAACCCCAACCCCGACCACGUCUUAA